AUGAGUGAAGAACAGUAAAACAACUAUGCAAAUUAAUUGCCAACUUUGGUUAAUUUGAGAUCAAAUAGAAAUACCUCCUAGAUGGAUUUAAACUUUAUUUAGAAAAGUAAAACAAUACAAUCUGAAAAUUGGGAAAUGCUGCAAAGAGUUAAGGAAAGUCUAGAGAGCAAGGCCUUUACUAACUUUUUCACAAGUUCUUUAGCUAAAUUACCCAAUUUUAAGAGUCCUUAGGAAUUGGCCAAGGUUUUAGCUGAUUAAUUUAUAUAAAAUGAAAUCAAAAAGGGUAAGAAGAGAGAGGCUAAAUCUGCAAUCAAAAUUUAAGUAUCUCAGCCACAAACAUCAGAUAGUUUACCAGCUUUGAAAACUCCUUAAGUUAAGUUAGAAAAGAAUAAAUUUAAUCAAAUACGAUCAAAGAGUAGAGAUAAACUUAGAGAAUUAGAAAUUAUUAAGGAAAAAGAGAGAGAAAAAGAGUAAUUAAAUAAAGAGAAUAAUAAAUUGAAUGAAAAGAUUUUAAAAUAAAAAAAUAAAUUAUACUCCAAAGAUACUUAGAGGUAAAAAGAAUAAGAUAAAUCAUUUGUUGAGCAACCCUCUCCUCCAGUUAAAGUUUCCAAAAAUAUUAGACAAACUAUAUCAAUUAUGAAACUCUAACUUCCAACUCCCAUUGAAACCAAUCCUUAAUAAUAACCAACAAUGUAUUCCUACUUUUUAGGUGGAGGCAAUAAUUGUGAAUUAAUAAAACGAGUUUUUGACAAUAGACCAGAUUGGCAUCAAACUGCUAAUACAGCAAGAGCCAAUUUUAGAUGGUAAUAAUCUAAUAAUGGAUACAAGUAUUUUAAAUUGAACUGGCAUAAAUCUCAUAAAGAAUUACUCAAUCAUUUUGAAUUUCAUCCAGAAAUUAGUAACAAAAAGAAUUUAUUAGUGAAUAUUUCAGCUGCCUGCGAAACUCUUAAAAUGAAUCCUUUUGAUAUUAUGCCAGUCACUUUUGCUAUAGAUUUUACAGAUGCAUCAGUGGAAUCCAAUAUAUCUGCCUUCUAUAAUUUCUAUAAUAGAAAUGCACCAGAAUCUAAAUAGUUAAAUAAAUAGGAUGCUUAAAACAAACUCAACGAAAUAAAAAAGAAACUGAGAAUAGCUCCUAGUAGAGAGAAAAAAUAGUUGGAAUUUCAAAUGAGAGAUACAUUUACAGGUCCUGAUUACUUGUGGCUAUUGAAACCCACAGGGUUAAAUAGAGGAAGAGGAAUUCAUGUGUUUCAAGAUAUUGACAAUCUAGUAGAAUUGCUGAUUGAUUAUUAAUAUGGUUACCAUGAAAAAUAAAUGGAAACAUAUAAAGAUGAGAAUGGCCAAACUCAAUAGAAGGUAGUUUAAUAUUUAUUGAAAACUUCAUCAUUCGUUGUCCAGAAAUAUAUUGAGAAGCCUUUAUUAAUAAAAAAUAGGAAAUUUGACAUAAGAGUGUGGGUCUUUCUAAAUAUUGAUCUGAGUUGUUAUUUUUUUAAAGAAGGCUAUAUAAGAAUGGCAUCUGAAGAAUAUAGAACGAAUGAUGUGGAUAACAUUUACAUUCAUCUAACAAAUAAUGCUAUUUAAUAACAUAGUGACAAAUAUGGAUAGUAAGAAUUAGGAAAUCAAUUAUCAUUUGAUUCAGUUUCUGAUUAUUUCAAAUCAAAAAUAGAUUUUAGAGGAUAGCUGGUAGAGAAAAUGAAAGAAAUGUCAUAUUUUGCAAUGAGAACUGUGGCUUCAAAAAUCAAUAAGUUAAAUCGGAAAUUUUGUAUGGAGAUUUUUGGUUUUGAUUUCUUUUUGGAUGAACUUUUCAAUAUUUAUUUAAUAGAAGUGAACACUAAUCCUUGUCUUGAAGAAUCUAGUCCUUUGUUGCAAAUGCUGAUUCCAAGAAUGAUUGAUGAUGCUUUUGCUUUAACAGUGGAUUAGAUAUUUCCUAUUUAAAGAGAUGUUGUGUCGAAAUUCCCUGUUAGUAACUACAGUGAUACUGAGAAUAUGUGGUAAUUAAUGGGAGAAUUAACUGAAAUACAAGGUUGA